CUCUCCCAGAGCCUUCACAAACAAAGCUAAUAAAACCCCAGUUCAACAACCUCAGUGAAUGCAAAGUACAGGAGGCAACAAGGCAACCACACAGAUAUAUCUCAAAAUUGAGUGGCCAUCUUCACUUACACUUAAUGUAUUUAAUCUAAAUCUCACACACAUAAACAUAUCCCAAUUUACCAUAUCAACAAAUAAGACACACUAUUAAAGGAAAAUAUUUUAAGAAAUAAGAAGCUGCUAAAAAUACUGAGAAUUAUCCAUAUUUUCCCUUCUUAAAGAGCUGAAAGGGGAUUCAGUCACCAGGGAGGGCUGGGAACACAGUGUCUCCAUGGCAUCACAACCCUCGUUAUCUCAACAUUGCAAGAACAGCAGUGCCAGCAGGUUCUGUGGAUAGACAAAGGAUGUGAGGAAGGCAUUCAGAAGGCAUACAUAAAAUAAGUUAAUGUCAUGACCACUAACAAAAUUGGUAUUCCAAGCUAAGGUGAAGGACAAGACAGAACAACUCCCACCAAAAUCAGAGGUAACACUGAGGGACAAGUCUCUUAUUCGGUCCUGCUCUUUCUACACUGAGAAAAGUUCAUGCUUUUCCUAUGGAAAUCAGGUGAACUUUUAAAAGUACAUAGUUAGUGGAAGUCUAAACUAAGUCAGGUAAAUCACCUGCAAAGUAAAUAAUCAGCUCUAAAAUGUUGCAGAAAAAUUAUUCCUUUCCAGAAAAUACUUUUUAAAGUAGCAAUUUUACUUUAUGGAUUUUGAAGAGCAACCAACCAGAACCUAUUCCUGUGAUGCAUUUUAAUCCGACUGAUCAGAAUUACUUUGGAUUUGCAAAAUCCUUUUUAAGAACUUUGAUUAUUACAAUUGUUACUCAGACAUAAUGAAAAACAUCUCAACGACUUCACUAUCUGCACUAUCCUUUUAUAUCACAAGCUGUUCAGAGCUUUUUCCUGAUGCCAGAUAACAUCUGACAAUCCAGAACACCCUUAAAUUGUGCCACAACAUUGCAAAGAUCCGUUCUUCCCGUGUACCUUCCUCUGAACAGUUAUGUGAAACUAAGUAAUAAUGGAAAUCAUCACUACACAUUCUAGCUGCUCAUAGUGACAUUCUGGAGAAGAUAAGGAAAGAAAACAGCCCAAAACUACUGUGCUCCCUUCAGCCCUUGUACCCCAAGGCACUCGUCUGCUGCAUUUCUGCCCCUAACUCGACAACCAUUUUGCUGGCUCUGAAUUUUCCUCGGUUUUGUUCAAUUACUUUGAAAACAGGGGGCGAGGAGAGAUACUCCACAUUUCAGCAGCAAACCGAAGUAGAACGGCCGCCACUCCGGGACCUCACGGCACCAUCGCCGUCCCCUCACGGGUGCCCUCAGCGGUCGUGCCUCAGCCCCCGCCCGCCCCGCUGCUAACUACGCCAUUGACGCAAGUCCCUCAGCGCGGGCUCUGCCAAACGCGGUGCUCACGCUGGUGACGCACGGCCGGACCCUGCCCUGCGGCGUUAGUCGCUAUUCACGAAGAGGGGCGUACGCAAAGAGCUGGCGCUGUGGCAACCAGGGCACGCGCGCGCCUGAGGGCCGGCCGGCGCUGAGGGGCGGGAGCCGGGGGCUCGUGUUCAGUAAGAAUUAAACCAGAUUAAGACAAUUCAACAGAUGAGCACACAUUAGUGCUGAUGAUGCACGAUUCCAGCCUCUUUCGCAGCUUCCUGACAGUGUAUAUCUGCUAAAAGAGCUCCUUGGGGACACAGAGAAUUGUUUAAAGUCAGUAGGAGGCUUUAUGGUACAUUAUCUGCCCAGUCACCAAGUACAGCCAUUUUGCAGUAAUUUUAGGGAUAGGGAGAAUCUUUCUCAAGAAGAUUUAGGAUGGCACAACCUCGUAUCUCAGCCUACCUGCCCCCUGAUAUAGACCCCACCAAAGCUGCUCUGGCCUUUGGGAGGAGGGCCCUUCCUAAACUCAAUGAGGAGUUGCAGUCUCCCGAGCUGCUGACGCAGCAGCGGGCGCUGAUGGCUCUCUGCGAUCUGGUCCAUGAUCCAGAAAAAGUCUACCAGGCAAUAGCAUUAGGAUUCUUGGAUAGCCUGAAGACUUUGCUGGUGCAUCAAGACCAAACUGUCCGGCAAAAAACAACAGAAGUUCUCUCUGUAAUGGCUUUGCAUAGUAUUGGCAGGGAAGGGCUAAUACGAAGUGGAGUCAUUUCUGCCCUUGCUGGGCUCCUGGAUGAUCCAGUAGAUAUCUGUCGGAAGAACACCCAUCAGGUUUUUGACAGACUGGCAAAAUUACCUCAAGGGGCUGGUGGUGUCCUGCAGGCCGCUUUGAUUCCCCCACUGGUCCUGAAGUUGAAGACAGAGUUGGAUGAGAUCCAGGAGCUGAUUCUUGAUACACUCUCCAACUGUCUCCGUGUGGAGAUUUCUGAAGCCUUGGCAGCUGGUGUCGUUACUGUGCUGAAGGAAAAGCUCUCACAUCCCUCCACAGCCAUCAGGAGCAAAGCAGCCUGGGUCCUCUUGGAAAUCAGUUCUCAUGCUGAGGGGAAAAUUGCGGUGUGCAAAGAAGGGGUGAUUCCUGUGCUGGUGAGCCUGCUGCAAGACACACAGCCCGAAGUUCAAGCUGGCACAGCAGGAGCGCUGAUGUUUGCUAUUGUUACACCUCAGGGGAGAUCCUCAGCCAUGGGUGCUGAAGCCAUUCCACCUUUACUGACGCUGGUUGCUGAGGAAACCAGCAAAGCGCGUUUGAAUGCAAUCAAAACCCUCACCCUGCUGGCUGAGCUGCCAGAGGGCCGCAAGACACUGCUGGAUCACAGGGACACAUUUCAGCGGUGUCUGGAUGAUCCCAGCGAGGCCGUGCAGAGAGCUGCCGAAAUCGCCAUCACCGUCAUCGACUGGAAACCCUUCUGCAGCCGCGAUCUUUUCUAGAGAUC